UUGUGUAAUCAUUCCGAGACAUUCUGCAGUAUCUGAAGAAGUUUUUUACAAUGCUUUUUAACAUUUGUAAAUUUCAAUGAUGACUGCUCUCAAAAUUUGUCCACUGCAUUCUAUCACGUGGAAAGCAAUGAACACAUAACAUCACUUUUAACAUCACUUGUCAAUAUAUUAGUUUAAUACAUGUAGAAUUGAUAUAUAUUUCAUGAUAAUAAAAACAGAUUGUGUAACACCCAAUGUACGGUGUUGUUAAUGUGUCCUUGUUUGCUUAUUCGCCACUUGCCUCAAGAAGCUUUGGUUUUAGUCGUAUUUGGCCAAUCAGAAGGCCUCACUCUUGUUAACCGCGCCCAACCGGCAUGGUACAGGGCGUCCGAUUGGCUAAAGUACGACCGAAAGGCCAAAUAAUGAGCAGGUUGUUGGAUUGCAGCCAUGACUCCUUUGUGAUUUCUUAAGCUAUAUAAGUUAGUCCGUGUGUGGGUUUUCUUGUUUCGAAACUUCCUGGUCUUGUUACAUCAAACGAUAAUUUCAAUAAAAGUAUUACAGAAUAAACUUUCAAAUGGCAUUUACCAUUCAGAGUGACAUUCAUCAUUUAUCAUUCAAAAGACGGCAUUUCCUUCUUAAAAAUGAGAAGACGUCUUUUCAGGGCAGUAGGCCCUGUGUUCAUAGUGUUUAGAAAAUCGAGGUCGGUGUAUGUUGGAAAUCAUGCCUUACAUAAAAGUUUACCUCCCAAAAUACGAGAUCAGUUAUAGGAUCCUUUUUCACAGUUCAGAGUGUUAUAGAUAAGGAUUCAUCAUGUGGCUGCCGGCGAUACUAGGAUAUUUCUUGCUUCCUUAUCUUGCUGAAGGUGCUAAUAGAAUAUUCACUUGCUCUCCGGGACGCUUGACGGUGACAUGUGAUGCAGGGAAAGUCAUACUUGUAAAACAAGUGCACCGUGGCUCUUAUAGAGGCGCUUUCGAUUCCUCCCAUUGCAAAUACCAAGGUGGUGAUGGGUUUGAAACAGCCGAUGGUAAUUCAAAACAGGUUUGGGAGGAGUGCAAUCUACAAAACACGUGCUCUGUUCUAUUCAUCCAACCGGGGAAUUAUUAUCUGGAAAUGGUUUAUGAAUGUGUUUAUAAGAGUAACAUCGAAAUGCUAGAUAUCUGCGAUACUGGCGGUGGCACGCGAUUAGUGACAAAGCAUGGAUACAUCUACAGUCCCUGCUACCCGAACUUGUCGACGUGGACAGAGUCAUCAAAUUUAUAUUGUAGGUGCAGUGGGACGUUAGCUUCCGGGGGAACGGACGACAUGACUAUCAGUGUCUUCAACGCAUUUCAAGGAACAGACGAACUGGGUAUCAGAUGGCAUAGUAUCACUAAUGAACCGGUGACAUUUAAAAGUACAUCACGAAGCUUCAGGACGGUAAGAAGCGCCACCGGGAGUUUCCACCUUCGAUUCUCUUCUACUUAUGUAGGAUUUGAUUGGAACAGAGGUUUUUGGUUAGAAUUUAAAGCGGACUCCCCACUUGAAUUCAAAUGUUCAAAUCGAAUCGUUGUACCACCAACUUGCCAAGCUCCUAUACCUCCUCCAACCACGACGCCGACGACGCCGACGACGACGACGACGACGACGACAACAACAACAACAACAACAACAACAUCAACAACUACAACAACUCCAACCACAACCACGCCAACCACAAGCUCAGGAAGUGGUUUGCCCGGCGUGAAGACAACGAUCCACGAGACAGCAACCACAUCAAGUUCAUCACCGACUAAUGCGACCUCCAAAACAGUUGAUAGGUCUGAGUUGAGUGAACGAGAUGUGAAUAUCCCAGUGACUGUUGGAUUGGCUGUACCUCUGAUCAUUGUCUCAGCCAUUCUCAUUUCACUGAUAAUAUGGAGAAACGGAAUUAUUGCCCGACUCUGUAAAUAUCAUUCUGGUGAGAACAGAAACGACACCGCUCAAAACAAUGCUAAUGGCCUCACUUCCGGUAGGCCUGUCUACGAAAAUGUUGGAAGAGACUAUGAAAACGUCUCUGGGUCGACUUUGGUUAAUCCAGCGUUUGUUGGUGACAAAACUCCGAGUCUCCCCCAGUUUUCAGAUAUUGAUAACUCUUCCUACGUGAAUAUGCCAGAUAUAAAUCCAACGGAUAAUCACAAUCAAAGGAUGCCUACCUAUGUUAACGUUGAACCAAACAGCAGGAGCCAAGGUGCUGAGGUCAUUCGCACCCAUCGUCAGCAGGCACCACCGAUUGGUGGUAGCUGUCCUUACGCAGAAAUAGGAGACACUGGCGCCAGUAUGCCAAGCGUUGGGGAAGCAGCUGCUCCCGGGGAGGAAGACGAAUCACCAUACGCCAAACUUGAGCCAGUAGAUCGCCCUGAAUAUAUGGAUUUGCGUCACAUGGGUUUUGCCAGUCCCAGUCAAGAGGAUUGAUAGCGAAGUAGAUAUUUCUGAGAUAGCUGAAUAAGUGUUUUACAGUACUUUUUUGCAUUUUUGUAUAUUUCUAUGAUGGCUUCUAAAAAUUUGUCCACUGCAUUCUAUCACGUGGUAAACAAUGAACACAUGACAUCAAUUUUAACAUCACUUGUCAAUGUAUUAGUUUAAUACAUGUAGAAUUGAUAUAUAUUCCAUGAUAAUAAAAGCAGAUAGUGUAA